CCUCGGAGGGGGAACCUUCUUUGGCCUCUGCUGCCUCCUUACCGGCUGCUCCACCUUCGAAGAGGCCCUGGAGAUGGCGUCGCACGGAGACAGCACCAAAGUGGACAAACUGGUGCGGGACAUUUACGGAGGAGACUACGAGCGCUUCGGGUUGCCCGGCUGGGCUGUAGCGUCCAGCUUUGGCAACAUGAUGAGCAAGGAGAAGCGGGAAUCUGUCAGCAAAGAGGACCUCGCGAAGGCCACUUUAAUUACCAUCACUAAUAACAUUGGCUCCAUAGCACGGAUGUGUGCGCUUAACGAGAACAUUAACCGCGUGGUGUUCGUUGGCAAUUUCCUCCGGAUCAACACGAUCUCGAUGAGGCUUCUGGCGUACGCUUUGGACUACUGGUCGAAGGGACAGUUAAAAGCACUUUUCCUGGAACACGAGGGUUAUUUCGGUGCAGUCGGUGCUCUCCUGGAGCUCCUGGACUCAGCCUGA